AACCCUCGCCUAUAAAUAGUCGCUGCCUAAGCUACUAUAAACCCUCUGUUGCUCGCUCUGUCUCGCAGUGUUUCUCUCUCCGAUCUCUUCUCCGUUUGUUUGGACGAUCCGAGAGCUUGCUAAUCAUGUUGGUCUAUCAGGACUUACUUACCGGUGAUGAGCUUCUCUCGGACUCGUUUCCAUACAGGGAAAUCCAUAAUGGAGUGUUGUGGGAGGUCGAUGGGAAGUGGGUUGUGCAAGGAGCAGUUGAUGUUGACAUUGGUGCAAAUCCUUCCGCAGAAGGUGGUGAUGAAGACGAGGGUGUCAAUGAUCAAGCUGUCAAGGUAGUUGACAUUGUCGACACAUUCAGGCUCCAGGAGCAACCUCCUUUUGAUAAGAAGCAGUUUGUUGCAUUCAUCAAAAAGUACAUCAAAUUGUUGACACCCAAGCUGGAGGGAGAGAAGCAAGAAGAAUUCAAGAAGAACAUUGAGGGGGCAACUAAGUUCUUGCUCUCGAAACUCAGUGAUCUCCAAUUUUUUGUUGGGGAGGGCAUGCAUGAUGACAGUACUCUGGUGUUUGCAUACUACAAGGAUGGUGCGACUGAUCCAACAUUCUUGUACUUUGGCCAUGGGUUGAAGGAAGUCAAGUGUUAAAAAGUGAAAUGGUAAUCACUGGGUUUAAGGGGGGAGACGUGCUUUAGUUUUAGUUAUUAUUAUAAUUUCUCUUUGAUAUUUGUAUCAUGGAACUUAAAAUUUCAUCUUUUACUGUUUGCUACUCUCUGAACUCUGGAUUGUCUCUGCAUUCAUGGGCUCUGUGCUUGAAACUUUGAUUUUUUUUUUUUAUAUUUAUUUUAAGAAUUAUGUACUAUUAUUAUAUAAA